UCUCUCUCUCUUUUCCUUUUCCUCUGCAGAAUCACCGGAAAAAUUGAGUCCUCUUUCGCCGAUGGAAGACGAAGAGGAUAACGAAUCCCACCCGAAAUCGCAGUCUUCGUCUGACAACCAAAACGAUCGGCAGUCAUCGCCGCCACCGCCGUCGUCUUCACAGCCAGUAACGGUGGCGGCGGUGGCGCCUUCUACCCAUCAAUCUCUAACCCUAGCCCUCCCAAUACAACCCCGGAUCUCCGGCACCGGAGGCGGCCGCGAGGACUGUUGGAGCGAAGGCGCCACAUCUACGCUAAUCGACGCCUGGGGUGAACGCUACAUCGAGCUCAGCCGAGGAAACUUGAAGCAGAAACACUGGAAAGAGGUUGCCGACGUUGUCACUAGCCGCGAAGACUACACCAAACCCGCCAAGACAGAUAUCCAGUGCAAGAACCGAAUCGAUACGUUGAAGAAAAAGUACAAGAUCGAGAAGGCCAAGAUCGCUUCUGGAGUACAAACCAAGUGGGUAUUCUUCGAUCGCAUUGACGAGCUCAUCGGCCCAGCGUCCAGGAAGAACGAAGACAACGAUGAGGACCAUAAACACAAUCGCCAUGCGCAACCAUCGGGGCCUUUACCGAAGAUCCCCGCCGUUAGGGGCGUCAGAUCGUCAAGGCAGUUUCAGGUGAAGCAGCAGCAGCGAGAUUCGAGUAACUCGGGCGAUUCCUCCGAUAGUUUUCCGCCGCGGAUGACUAAUGUGAACGGAAAGAGGUGGCGGUUCGAGAGAGAUCCACCGGUGGUUCGAACGGGAAAAACAGGAGUGCAGUCGGAUUCGCCGAUGAAGGAGUUGAGUCGGGCGAUUCUCAAGUUUGGUGAGGUGUAUGAGAAGGUGGAGAGGUCGAAACUGGAGCAGGUGAUGGAGAUGGAGAGGCAGAGGAUGGAGUUGACUAGGGAGUUAGAGCUUCAAAGAACGCGUUUCUUCAUGAAGACCCAGAUGGAGCUCUCUCAGCUCAAGCAUGGUAGAAGGGUUGUCGUCGGUAAUGGCCGCCGUAACAGUAACAAUGGUGGCUGAAUCUUUACUUCAGAGAUCUCAACCCUCUAAUUCUUCUCUCGUAGACUGUUAACCUAUUUCAAAUCAUUCCAAAACCUAACAUCAAAGUGGAGUCAAAUAAGUGAUGAUCUGAGAUUGUAGUAAUUAUGAAUAGACUGGAAUUGGAAAUUGGGUGUAUUUAAUUUGAUGGGAUCUAAUCUAUUUUAUUUCC